AGCGCGGUGCAUUGUGGUCUGACACCUCUGCUGUUUGGCUCACUCUCAGCAAAAUGGCGACGUCCCUGGGAUCCAACACCUACAACAGACAGAACUGGGAAGACGCGGUACGUUCAACUGUUAUCAGAUAUUACUAGACGAGAAGCAUCGUUAUAACACGGCUAUAUCCAUCCCAAUUUGAGGAACAAAUAUGAUUUUAAAUAUGUAAUAAUUCUUAGCUACAAGAACGGUUGCUUGGUAGCCUUCCGUUAGCUCAAAGCUAGCAAGCAGAAGCGUGGCUGCUAAUACGUCUGCCUAUGUCGUUAGCCAAAGUGCUUCCAUGAGCUCAAAAACAUCACAAAACCAGCCGAGAGAGAUCUACUGAAAGCAGAUCAUAAUAAGCGAUUAAAAUUAAAGGGUAAUCUCCUGUUAUGUUAAUUUGUGGAAUGUUUACUCCCGUAUGUCGCGAUGCUAGCGUAUUUAGGCUAACGCUAGCAGGCUAAAAGCGACGGAUUAAAGAAGCGUUAAGUACUGUGAACAAAUUUACAAAACCGAGUUGAAGUUGAAGAGUCGAAAACACUAUUUUAUCACAUUAAUGCAGUUUGUCCGCCACUUGAAAUAAACACUUAAGUAUAGAGUAAAUGUUUGCUUAUCCGGCGCGAAAACCCCAGGCUAACCUCUUCUUUUAUGAUAAGUUCAUUGUUAUCUUGAUCAAAUUUGAAACAGUAGCACUGUAUAAAGUCGAUUUGAGAGAAGAAAGAAGUUUAUUUAGCAAAUCUUCCAAAUGUUUGAACGCACAUUACUCUCUGUCCCAACUAUAUAAGGUAAAAAAUGGUUCGCCUCUGUUUAGCCAUGACACAAAGAGGCACCUUGCCAGUGUUAUUAUAAACAUUAUUAACUUUGAAACCUAAGACUUUGUAGUUGAUGUUAGAGCCACAAGAGACGCUUAUAUUUAGGUGUUUGGCUGAUGCUGUCAGUGGUCAUUUUCAGCGGCUAGCACUUGGAUUGAAACAGCAUCCUUCAAACAGAUGGCAAAGUACGAGUGAGGCAGUCUCACUGUUGCACGCUUUGUACAUUCACACGUUUACUGAUGCCAAAGUCCACUCUGGAGACAGUGAAUCAAAGAUAUUAGAGUCACUCGGUUCGUUUUUAUCUGAGGAUUGUUGAAUGAAAUAAAGAUGUGAUCCUUGGUUUUUCAUAGCAUGCUCUCUUUCCUUUCUCUUUAAGGAUUUCCCAAUUCUGUGUCAGACAUGUUUAGGAGAAAACCCUUACAUCCGCAUGGUGAGAUCAUAACCUUAUCAUCAAAAUAAGUUUGAGAUUAUUUUAUACCAAUCAAGAGUGGAUUCAAAUGUGUUUUUUGUUUUUGUUACAGACCAAGGAAAAGUAUGGAAAGGAAUGCAAGGUAUUUUUUUCAAUUAAUAUUAAUAAUCUCUCUGAGGUUGUACAACAAUGAUAUGCUUUAACCCAUGGUACUAUCUUCUAUAAUUUGUUAUUGAUUUGUCAUUCUCUGUCUUGUCAGAUCUGUGCUCGACCAUUCACUGUGUUCAGGUGGUGUCCGGGGACACGGAUGCGUUUCAAGAAGACGGAGGUCUGUCAAACCUGCAGUAAAAUGAAGAAUGUUUGCCAGACUUGUCUGCUGGACCUGGAGUAUGGUGAGUCACUCCUUAAAUUGAAUUUUGUCAUGAUAUGUGUACUUGUUUGUCACUCUGUGCAGCAUUUAUCUAUGUGUGCUCAUACGAGAUGUGUUUCACAACCUUUUACAGGUUUGCCCAUUCAGGUCAGAGACACUGGCUUAGCGGUAAAAGAUGAGGUUCCUAGGUCAGAUGUGAACAAAGAGUACUACACACAGAAUAUGGAGAGAGAGGUAUGUGUGUUCCUCAUGGUAUUUUUCUCUAAGAUUUGAGUAUUUUUCCUCUGUCAUUCACACAUAUUUGUUUGGAUCUCUCUGUUCUCAGAUAGCCAAUUCUGACGGCACACGGCCAGUGGGCCAACUAGGUAAAGCUCCCAGCUCUAGUGAUAUGUUACUGAAACUUGCUCGGACCACUCCUUAUUACAAGAGGAACCGACCUCAUAUCUGCUCGUUCUGGGUGAAGGGAGAGUGCAAGAGAGGGGAGGAGUGUCCCUACAGGCAAGUGACAUUUUUUUUGUGUGGGGGUUAGCAGUUAGAUUUUGAGUUGAGAGGUCAGCCUGAUGAGGUGGGGCUGAUUCUUGUGACUUGAGUGUUAAUUUCUUUUCUCAUUUGUUGUACUAUUUACCAAAAGGAGUAUAAAUAACAAGUGCUGUUAAGAUUUAAUUUGAUUGUAAAUUCCUUGUGUUAUUUGUAGUGUGUGUUUAUUCACUCUUUCUCUCUUUUUCCCUGCAGACAUGAGAAGCCUACAGAUCCCGAUGACCCUCUGGCUGAUCAGAAUAUCAAGGAUCGUUACUAUGGUAUCAAUGAUCCUGUAGCUGACAAGCUGUUGAAGCGGGCCUCAACGAUGCCCCGUCUAGACCCUCCAGAGGACAAGUCCAUCAGCACCCUCUACAUUGGUGGCCUUGGAGAUACAGUCACAGAUGGCGAUCUCAAGUAAGGAGUUCUUUCAGACCAGUGUGGUCCAGUUCAGGCUCAUUACCAUGAAAAAAACUGCUGAAGAAUUGUGUGUGGUUCAUUCACUUUUUAUGUCUUCAUUUCCAGGAGUCACUUUUACCAGUUUGGUGAGAUUCGCACUAUUACCAUUGUCCAGAGGCAGCAGUGUGCCUUCAUUCAGUUCGCCACGCGGCAGGCAGCCGAGAUGGCUGCAGAGAAAUCCUUCAAUAAACUCAUCAUCAAUGGACGGAGGCUGACUGUUAAAUGGGGAAGGUAAGAAGCAGGUCAAGGUGGCGAAAGUUGAGCUUUUGAGGGUUCCAACACCCCAUGCACGCGUACAUUGUGUGAAUUACUAACCAAACAAACUCCACAUGACCUCAUACUGCCCAAAGUAGCAGAGCCACUUAUGAGGAGAUGUGAGAAUGUGAAGUUUUCAUUUUUGAACUUAUAGACGUGGUUUAAGUGCAUGUUUGUUUGUGUGUGUGUGUGUGUGUGUGUGUGUGUUUGGGAGUAAAAGCAUGUAGUAAUGCCAUCACUACAGUCCUGAUUGCACUUUGUCAUACACAGUAAAAGCUCUACCACAGCAAGAAUUUGUCCAAGGGUUCUUAUUUGUGUGUUUCUGUGUAGCACAAUCUCUCCGUUUAACAACAUUGAACCCUUUUUUUGCAUGAUUCAUGUGUUUUUAGGUCUCAGGCAGCAAGAGGGAAGGAGGGCGUUAAAGAUGGAGUCAGUGAGAUGGGCACGAGACUGGAUCCUGUGCCUGGUCUGCCUGGAGGUGAGUCUGCAAAUCUGUUAUUCUCCUUCACUCUUCAGCUUGUAGUCGGAUAAAACGGCACAUUAUUGCAAUUUAUGGUUGAAAUUUAUGUGCCUUGCUUUCUUUAAAUCUGUUUCUCUGUGUUCUGUAGCUCUUCCUCCACCACCAGCUUUAGACGAGGAGGCUCCUGCCAACUACUUCAACCUGGACCCUAGCACCUCUCCUGCUGUUAUGAACAUUGCUCUGCCCCCACCUCCUGGCAUUAACCCUCCUCCUCCAGGUAAAAUGAAACCAUGAGAGGUGUUAUAAGAAGGAACUGCAGUACUCCUCUUCUCUUUAUUUUGCACCAACAGACUUGAUGCAGCAUCAGCGUAUUGCAGCCCCUCACAGUUUUAAGUCAUAAAUUAUUUAGUCUUUAUAAAGUCCUGCAGAAAUCUCAGCAUUUCUUUUCAGUUCUCUCUGGGUCUGUAAGAUGGCGGGUUUGAUGUGGUCAUCUUCCACGCUUUGUUUCCUCCUAUGCGUCCUGUAUUUUAGUAGCACAGUGAUCACUUGCUCCCUCAAGUGCCAUCCUCUAGGUAAAAUGCUGUAGAGCAAUAAAGACCCUCCCUCAGGAUUUUAUAAUAGUAUAUUGGUUGCCCUAGUGCAUAGAACACAGCCAAGAUUUGAGAAGACAAUAAAGGGCUUCAAAGUGCGUCAUACACCAAACUUUACGGUACAGUUGGCUUCACAGGUUACAUGGUGUGAAAAGUAAAUGCCUUAUACUGUAUUCUUUCUAUUUCCUCCAUUCAAUCAGGUUUUGGCCCCCCGAUGUUCCACCCCAUGGGUCCCAUGGCUCCUCCAAUGCCUCCACCAAUGAGCAUGAGACCUCCUGGUCAAAUCCACUACCCCUCUCAGGAUCCUCAACGCAUGGGUGCCCAUGCUGCGCAUGGCUCGCGUCAUGGAGAUUAGCAACCAGCGAGAAGUCUCCCUGUCAAUAAGCGUCAUUCUUCUCAUGUUGACCCUGAUCAGGUGCUCUCACUUCAGAAGCUGUCGACAGGCCUGAACCCCUGUGACACUUUCUGUUCGAAAUAUAAAGCAUAGAAACCAAUAACAUCUGACAGGGUAACAUCUGAUUUAUUAUUCUGCCACCUGCAGUGCAGUGGAUGACCUAAACAGCAUAUUCUGUGUCUUCUUGGGGACAAUAACAAGGACGCAACAAAAUAACUCUGUCACCUCUCACAGAAAGAUGCAGAACAGCACCAGAGCAGUUCAAAGUUGAAACCGUAAAAGACUUCAAACAGAAAAAAAAUGGCCGCUGUGAUCGGGGUGUGAUGGUUAUACAGGCUCUUGUGGUAGGAGCCACUGUACAUAUAAAAAUGUAAACCAUAACGUCAACUUGUGUUUGUCAAAUUGUGUGUAUCAGGUGGAGUAGAAUUGAGAGGAGCAUUUUAAACUUUUUGAUUUACAUUGACUUUUUUAUGCAACACAUUCACAAUAUUCCAUGACAUAAUGACUUAGUUUAUUGUAAACCUUUCUUUAAAUAUUGUUUCACUUCUUAUUAAAAUGAUGCGGUUUUGUCAUUGAUCAUCUCA